CCGUACCGGAUGACCUACGUAAGCAGCUUGCUUCCAGUGACUCUGACAGUUCACUGUGCCCCGUAUAAAAUAGCUACAGGCACUGCACGGGUCCCAGUUGGCAUAUAAGUUGCCGAUUGCAGCAGCGCUUUAGCAAGUGCCGUAUGCAUGUACCCCCUCCCAUCCCGCUAGCUAAGGACUCGUCCCCUUUUAUGUUAAGUCCUACCACAGACCCCUUGGAUCUUUCUAGCAAUCUUGGUGAGUUGGCACUCGACUCCUCUGCCCAUUCAUGUUUGUUCUUUUUAGUGAACCAGGCGAAUCACCAGAUCAACGUGUAUAUACUCCGAUCCCAUGUAACCCGGCUCCGAGGAUUUACGCGUGCACCGAGGAAUCAAUAUCAUCUUGACCAACACCGAACGCAAGCCAAGACUCCAACAAGAGAAGCAACAACUAGACCGUACGCGGUAUACUCGGUGGAGGAUUUAAAAAUUAUGUCUGCUUUCUCUUGGUGAUAAAAGGAACCACAGUCGACUGGUGGAAGGUGCUAAGCUGCUUUCAGAGUGAAGCCAACUAAGGACAAACACUUGAUACCUGUGUCAAUUGCCAUGCAACUGGGAGACCGGUUUGAUUGACAGUCAGCAAAGAUUGUGUUUGGCAUCUUCAUGGCUUUUCGUUGAAAACAACUCGACGCUUUUAAUCCCAAGGACACACACGCCAGAAAGUAACGCAAGUCAAUCUGGAGCCAUCGCAGUAUUUUUGUCGAAGUGUACUCGUGAAAAGACAAGCUCUCGUCUGCACUUGUUCCAGAGACCAAAAAUAAUCACAAGACUCGCGCUGCUUGGAUGUUCUUAAUGCUCUGCCAAUGCCAUUCACUAUAGCUCAUCACUGGUGUUAUGUGCACAGGCUAGUGACGGGCGCCCUGUCUGCUAACUCCGAUCACGAUACGUCAGUCAGUUGCAGGACAAGCAGAGAUAAACAGCAUCACAUUCCACGAGUGCAUCGUAAAACUUCACAGUUUGGCAACGCGACUGAGGCUUCAGUCACUCAGCAUCUGAAGCUCCGAUACCAGUUUCUAUUCUGUGUUCUGUAUUCCUCAAGUGUGAAGCUUGCAGUUUGAAACCUGUGUCCGUCCAUUCCUUGGCCUGAAAAAAUUAUCAGCGAAUCUCCUUGCUCGUAAAUCAUCUAAUUAUUCCUUCGGACCUGCCUUGUCAGUCAGUCAACAUCUUCUGAUCAUCAGAAAAUUAUCAUGGGUCCAGUGACACUAAACCAUCAUCUUCAUCGGACGUUCGUCUUGUCCCUGUGUCUACUUCCAUGCUUACUCCUCACGGUGCAUGUUCAGUCAAGCUGCGCUCACGAUCUUAAGGAUGGGAUGAAGUUAUCUCGUCACCACAACAAGAUGCAAGAUGAGGGCGAUCCGCAUGUCUACUGGCGAUCCACCGUCACUGAGGAGUUUGCAGAUCCCUGCAAAGCUGAUGGUUUCCUUGGAGAUAUUGCUCUAACAGAGGAGCAAUACCAACAAGAAAUCGGCCGCUACAAACAGAAAUUACAGGAGUAUAAACAGAGUAAAGGAAUCAGGAAGAAGACGAACAAACAACAUGAGGAAAAACAAUUGGCCAAAGAGGAGAAACGUCUGGCCAAGGAGAGAAGAAAACUCCAGAGGAAAGAAAAGAAAGCAAUCAAAGAGGAGAAGAGGGAAGAACGGAGACAAUCUAGACGUCCUCAUUUAGAAACAAUCCAGAUUGUUCAAGAAGAAGAGGAAACUGAGAGAGGUACAGAUGAGGUUACCACGGAAACGCAUCACCGAGUGGCCAGAGCAGUGACAUCAAGACCCGAGAGAAAAUGGCCGUAUGGCGUAAUCCCGUACGUCAUCGAUGGAAAUUUCACAGGUUCACAACGAGCUAUGUUCAAGCAGGCCAUGAGACACUGGGAAAACUACACAUGCAUCACUUUUGUCGAACGAAGCCCUACCCAGCAUCGGAAUUACAUUGUCUUUACUUACAGAUCGUGCGGAUGCUGUUCCUUUGUCGGCAUGAGGGCAGAGGGGGCACAGGCCAUUUCCAUCGGCAAGAACUGCGACAAGUUUGGCGUCGUGGUCCACGAGUUGGGCCACGUGGUCGGCUUUUGGCACGAGCACACCCGACCGGACCGAGAUGAUCACGUGACCAUCGUCAAGGAAAAUAUUUUGCCAGGUCAGGAGUAUAACUUCAACAAGCUUCUGCCGGAGGAAGUGGACUCCUUAGGCCAGCCGUACGACUUUGCCAGCAUCAUGCACUACGCCAGGAACACGUUUUCAAGGGGAAUUUGGUUGGACACGGUCAUCCCUCAACGAGAUCCGGACGCCGUGCCGCGGGCGGAGAUAGAGAUCGGUCAGCGCAAGCAGCUGAGCGAGGGCGACAUUACCCAGGCCAACUUGCUGUACAAAUGCCCGGCUUGCGGCCGCACUCUGCAAGAAACAACAGGAAAUUUCAGCUCUCCCGGUUGGCCGGAGCAGUUCAACAGCCGCGAGUCCUGCGUGUGGCGGAUCUCCGUCACUCCCGGGGAGACUAUUGUCCUGACCUUUGAGGACUUUGAGCUGGUUGGCAGCGACGAUUGCUGGUACCAUCACGUCGAAGUCAGGGACGGCCACUGGAGAUUUUCCAACGUUUUAGGAAGGUUCUGUGGUAGCAACAUCCCCCCAGUGAUCGUCUCAACAGACAGUCGGCUCUGGAUUGAGCUGAAGAGCUCGCCGACCGGUAACGCAGUCAGUAGGGGAUUCGCGGCUCACUACGAAGCGGUCUGUGGGGGCAACAUCUCCAAGGAAUCGGGCAUGCUACAGAGUCCCAACUACCCGGAUGACUACAGGCCAGACAAGUCCUGUGUGUGGUACCUGACAAUGCCAGAGGGCUUUCAAGUCGGGCUGAACUUCCAAUCAUUCGAGGUGGAGCGGCAUGAUAACUGCAUCUACGACUACGUGGAGGUGCGCGACGGCCAUGAGGAUGACUCACCGCUAAUUGGCAAAUACUGCGGCUACCUGAUGCCCGAGGAUAUCAAGUCCUCCAGCAACAAGCUGCGAGUCAAGUUUGUGUCGGACGGGACCGUCAACAAAGGGGGGUUCUCCGCCGAUUUCUUCAAAGAGGAUGACGAGUGUUCAAAGAACAACGGAGGUUGCGAGCAGAUCUGCGUCAACACCAUCGGAAGUUACCGCUGUGAAUGUGAGCCUGGAUUUGAACUCAAAGCGGAUGGAGAAUCAUGUGAAGUUGCCUGCGGCGGUUUCCUGACCAGUCUCCAAGGUAACAUCACCAGUCCCUCCUACCCUGACCUCUACCCUCGAGACAAGAACUGUGUCUGGCAUCUAGUGGCUCCGUCCUUGUAUCGCAUCUCGCUCCAGUUCCUGAGCUUUGAGUUGGAAGGCAACGACGUUUGCAAGUACGACUACGUGGAGGUCCGUAGUGGCCUGACUGAGGUUGGCGAUCUUCACGGCAAGUUUUGUGGCGAUGAUAUUCCGGACACCAUCACGUCACGCUACAACAACAUGAGAAUCGAGUUCAAGUCUGACAGCACCGUGUCCAGACCAGGAUUCUUUGCCAUGUUCUUUGCAGAUAUUGACGAAUGCGAGAAGAACAACGGCGAUUGCCAGCACGUAUGCGUCAACACACUCGGCAGCUACACGUGCUCCUGCAGGAAUGGAUUCACACUGCAUGAAAACGGCCACGAUUGCAAAGAAUCCGGAUGUCGUCACGAUAUUCGUUCCAGCCACGGCGAGAUAACAAGUCCCAACUACCCCGACAACUACCCUAAGCGCAAAGAGUGCACGUGGCACAUAGUGGCUACCCCCGGACACAAAGUAGAAUUGGUAUUUAAUGAUUUUGAUCUUGAGCAUCAUCUUGAGUGUGCAUACGACCACGUCGUCAUCUACGAUGGCGAUUCCUCUGAGGGUCAUCUACUGGGUCGAUUCUGUGGAACCAGGAUCCCCGAUCCUGUCCUGGCCAACACCAAUCAGAUGUACAUUACAUUCUUCUCCGAUGCUUCAGUAUCCAGGCGAGGAUUCUUCGCUACUCAUUCAACAAUAUGUGGCGGUGUUCUGCAAGCAGACUAUGUCUCCCAGAAACUCUACUCUCACGCGGAUUACGGCGAUAACAACUAUGGAAGCCAGGAGGAUUGUGAGUGGACGAUAUUAGCCCCACAAGGUUACUCAGUCAGGCUGAUGUUCCGAUCGUUUGACAUCGAACACGAGACAGAAUGUGACUACGAUUCGCUGGAGGUGUUGGAUGGGGACUCCUACGACUCGGAGAGAAUAGGCCGCUUCUGUGGACAUAAAAUUCCUGAUGACAUCAUCUCACAAGGAGAGAAUCUACGUCUUAUCUUCCGGUCCGACGACACCAUCAGCAAGAAAGGUUUCUACGCCGAAUACCAAAUCAGCUAAAAUUUAGUCACCAUGGCAACCAGGUCAAUAUGAGCUUGGCCGUGGUUAUGUCUAGGGCAUCUUUUUUUGUUUUACGAUUUGUAUCAAAUUAAUCCAGUUUUUUUUCUCAAGUCCCCGAGCCAGUGCUGGUGGAGUAAGAUGAUUUGAGUCGUGGUUUAGGUGUGGUUUUAGACCCUGACAAAUUUUAUAUCGAAUCAAAUAAGUGUGCAUAAACGAAAGGAGGACAUUUUUAGGCGUGGGUUAAAUCCGUUUACAGAUAUGUUUGAAUGUUGCUUGAAAGAAAUGUAUAUUCCGAAUGAAUUUUUUUUCUUUAGAUUUGUUGACUUGCACAAAGAUAUACACUUGUCUUGCAAAUCAUAUUUUGUGCAUUCUAUACAAUCAACAUCAAUGAGUUUCUUGGCAUUUUGAAAUUGUUUGCAACUUGUUUUAAAGUGAAGAACAAAAACAGUAUUAUUGUAGCUCACAAAAAAUGUUUAUCUUAUUAUAGUGAAGAAUGAGUGACGAUUAAAAUUCCAGUUGCUGGAAUUUAAUAAUGUAUUCUUCUUGACACUUUUUCUUUCCCUAUUAUCAUUGUACAAUGUACAUGUACAUAACUGUGUUUUGUUUUAAGCUUACUGAAAAACAAUCUCAAGACAAAUUUAAGAUUAAUAAAGAUGAUCAAAGGUUUUUAUAACAGCGCAAAAUUCAUUUAACAUUGGUCAUGAAAAAUGCUCAGAAAAUAACUAUAAAGCUCACAGUCAUUCACCUAAUAUAAUUUUAACUGUGUAUUAACCAUGCUUUCAUCGUGUGUACACUAUUUCACUUCUGAUAAUACUUAUAUUUUUUAUCAAUUUUUAACUUGUACAGUAUUUGGUCAUAUCAUUGUUCCAUAUACAUGUAAUAUUACAUACUUUUUUUCAAAGUGGUUGUUAUUUUUAACACCAUUAGAUGUAGGCAAAGGACAAAGAUUGCAAGAACUAUGCAAAAACCUCAAAUUAUGAAAAUCUGUCCUUUCUUAGGACAGUACUGAGUGAUUUUAAUUUUUCAGAUUUUGUUAUUUUUUUAUGUGUAGAUAUUUUAGCGUUUAAUGUUAGUUUAAGUGUAGCUUCCAAGAUUUCUGAUACAAUUUCUUGUUUGUUUGGGUUUUUUUCCAUCUAAAGUUAUGUUUUCUGGGGAUUGCAUUUGGCUGAGUGGUAACGUGGUCCUAAAAUUGAUGAAUUGAAUUUUAAUUCCUAAUUCAUGUAAAUUAGAUUGUUGGAAAUUCAAUAUCAUGAAAGGUUUGCUGUUAAUGUCCAGUUACAGAGUAGACUAUAAGUUUAGAUUUUUGAUGUAGAUUAAAAGGCGUUGGGAAAAAAAACUCUUUCAAACUUAAUGGAGAACAUUUCAAACAUUAAUUAAACUGAGAGUACAUGUAUAUCUAAAAGAA